UCACAAAUAUGAUGUUUUUUUCUAGAAUGAAUUACGGUUUCGCAUACACGAGUGACAAUAAAAGACUGCCAAUAAGAAAUGUUGAUAUUAAGCUGGAACACCUUGGUAAAAAUAAAAUUAUUCCAGAAUUGAUAACUACUCAUAUAACAGUGAAAAAAAGAGUGUACAAAUGCGUUUUACAUUUAGACACAAGCAAAAUAUCAAUAUUCAAAAAUAGAAGUAAAUAUGGCUAUGAAUGUUACAAUGUACCUUCAGAAUGUGACGUGAAUAUGAACCAAGGAAGGGCACUAGUUGAAUUCUGGUUUCAAUAUGAAGGUGAAGAUAUAUUCAUCCCAGAGAAAAAACUGUUUCCAAAAAUAAUAGAAAACCCACCGUCCUUUUUGUUAUCGGAACUAGGCAGUGAAGAAUCACAAAUUCUGGAAAUCACUGGUGGAAAAGGAAAUUCGUUGGCUCUACUAACUUCAUUGAAUUCUGGAGACUUUAUCGUUCCUAAUGGAUUCAUAAUCACGACAAACGCAUACAAACUGCAAAUAGAAUCAAAUCCUCUACUUUCGUGUUCUAUAUCAGUCCUGAACGACAUUUGUUGUGGAAUAUAUGGAGGCCAAUUGGAAGAUGCCUGCCAAAA